CUGCUGACCGCAUUCUCUUUGGUUUGGAGCAGAGGUGCACCAGGGGACAAUGGCAGAGCAGCAUGGUGUGCCGGAGCAGGCGGCUGCGGGCAAGAGCCAUGGUGGACUUGGGGGCAGCUACAAGGUGAUCGUGUAUGAGCUAGAGAACUUCCAGGGUAAGCGAUGCGAGCUCACGGCCGAAUGCCCCAACCUGACGGAAAGCCUGUUGGAAAAGGUGGGCUCCAUCCAAGUGGAGUCUGGGCCGUGGCUGGCGUUUGAGCGCAGAGCCUUCCGUGGGGAACAGUUUGUCCUGGAGAAAGGUGACUACCCGCGCUGGGAUGCUUGGUCCAGCAGCCGCCACAGCGACAGCCUGCUGUCCCUCCGGCCACUAAACAUUGAUGGCCCGGAGCAUAAGCUGCACCUGUUUGAGAACCCAGCUUUCAGCGGACGCAAGAUGGAAAUAGUGGAUGAUGAUGUGCCCAGCCUGUGGGCUCACGGCUUCCAGGACCGUGUGGCCAGCAUCCGGGCCAUCAACGGGACGUGGGUCGGCUAUGAGUUUCCCGGCUACCGCGGGCGCCAGUACGUGCUGGAACGGGGCGAGUACCGCCACUGGAAUGAAUGGGACGCCAACCAGCCGCAGCUGCAGUCCGUGCGCCGCAUUCGUGACCAGAAGUGGCAUAAGCGGGGCUGCUUCCUCAGCAGCUGAAGGGUCCCUGGGUCCCCUGAGACCCUC